UGCUUCUUCGGAAGCAGAAACGUGUAAACGCUAUAAAACGCGGCGGCGCGGCGGGCAGCUCAGAGCGUGCGGCGGGACGGAGCUCUCCUCUUCUUCUUCCUCCUCCUUCUUCUCCUCCUCCUGCACCGCCGCCUCGGCAGCCGCGCAUCCCGGCAGGGCGCGGGACCCCAGCAGCGCAGCCCCACGCUCCGCUCCCGCCCAGCCCAGCCAAGCGCCACCGACGGACUCGCGGCUCCGUGGCGUCCAUGGAGCACCGCGGCGCCUCCCCGCUCCUCCUCGCCCUCGCCCUCCUCAGCGCCCUCUGCUGGCGGGCACGGGCGCUGCCCCCGCGGGGAGCCGCCUUCCCGCCCGUCCCGCGCAGACUGGGAAACAGAAUGCCAUUUGAUGGAGCCAGUGAACUCGACCAUGUGCAUGGGUCAUUAAAGUCUGAAUCAGACAUUUUGCAGAGCACACUACCUGAAAAUGAGAAAUUCUAUUUUGAUCUGUCCAGAAUUAUUGAUAGCUCCCAGGACAGUCCUGUCAAACGUCACUCUGAUGCUGUCUUCACUGACAACUAUAGCCGCUUUCGAAAGCAAAUGGCUGUGAAGAAAUACUUAAACUCAGUUUUAACUGGAAAAAGAAGCCAGGAAGAGCUAAAUCCAGCUAAAGUUCGAGAUGAAGCAGAACUUCUUGAACCUUCCUUUUCAGAAAACUAUGAUUCUGUAGAUGAGCUGCUGAGGCACCUUCCACUGGACCUCUGAAGGACACCUGGUAACGACUAUAACAAGAAGAAGCUAUUUUUGAGUUCCACAUAGUAUUUCAAAGAGGUGACUUUAGUCAUCAAACCAGAACAAAUAUGUUGUGAAGUGAAAGUUGUGAUAUACUUGUUUCUUAUGUAAUAAAAGUUGAUAUUUACAUUGUAAAUAUUACUCUAGAGUUCUCUACUGAAAGCUGUACAUAUGGAUGCCAGUUUAACUCAUAAGAAGUCUGUGAGUCCAUAUGCUGUAAAUCCUUUACUUCAAUAAAUUCAUUUGAAAAUGAGUGUGCAGCUGAAAAGAGCUCAUCAUUACUAAUUAAUUGACUUAUUUUAGGUGUGGUACAACUUCAGAUAAGCCUGUACGAUAAUAGGGAUACAUUUUUGUAGGGAUAGCUUCAUAAACAAGUGUAAAAAUCUGAGGAGAAGGAUGUGCAAAGUGUGUAAAAAUGCAUUAAAAAGGUCUCUGUAGUUUACUGCUGAGCAAAAAAAGGCAAUAUACAAAUUAAUUACUAUAAUAAUUAUAUUAAGACCAGAGUUGUAUGCUUUAUUUUCAGUCAUGCUUUGGAGCUGACAAAGCAUGCAAAGAAUGUUAUCCCUUGAUUCAUUUGAUGCCUAAACUCAUCAGUUAUUCUACAUCUAAUUGUCUGUAGCUUUGAAGAUAAAACUAUUCUUAAAUAUAAAACAGACCUGAAGACCCUUUGUAGUUUUU